AAGAUGACAACAGCAGCCAGGCCGACUUUUGAACCUGCAAGAGGUGGAAGAGGAAAAGGAGAAGGUGAUUUGAGCCAACUCUCAAAGCAGUAUUCAAGCAGAGAUCUUCCCUCUCAUACAAAGAUAAAAUACAGACAAACUACUCAGGAUGCCCCUGAAGAGGUUCGUAACCGGGACUUCAGGAGGGAGUUGGAAGAAAGAGAGAGAGCUGCUGCACGAGAAAAAAAUAGAGAUCGUCCAACCCGAGAACAUACAACCUCCUCUUCAGUGUCAAAGAAGCCUCGGCUAGAUCAGAUUCCUGCUGCCAACCUUGAUGCAGAUGAUCCUCUAACAGAUGAGGAAGAUGAAGAUUUUGAAGAGGAGAGUGAUGAUGAUGAUACUGCAGCUCUCCUUGCAGAACUAGAAAAAAUUAAAAAAGAAAGAGCAGAAGAGCAGGCCAGGAAGGAACAAGAACAAAAAGCUGAAGAAGAGAGAAUUCGUAUGGAGAACAUUCUGAGUGGAAACCCUCUUCUUAAUCUCACUGGCCCUUCCCAGCCUCAGGCCAACUUCAAAGUUAAAAGAAGGUGGGAUGACGAUGUUGUGUUCAAGAACUGCGCAAAAGGUGUAGAUGAUCAAAAGAAAGACAAAAGAUUUGUAAACGAUACACUUCGAUCUGAAUUUCACAAAAAAUUCAUGGAGAAAUAUAUUAAGUAGUACAGUUUUAUGUGCUUAAUUAAAGACUGUAAAAUGUUAAGGA